CAAAACGCUUGAGAUAUAUUAAACCAUUAAAGGUCGGCACCGACUAUGUCGGUCACCGUAUCAACGUCUAAUUCUUUGUUAGACUUCUCUAUUGAUCUUCUAACUGUCAGUUAACGUAGCUUGAGAUUAAUGUGAAUCGUAUUUGAGUGCAACUUUGACGGAAGGGUCGAAGGGGAUUCGCGUUAUCUCAUCUCUCGAAGCAAGUUGCUAAGAAACCGAAACCUCAAAGAAACAAACGUCAUUCAUACGUGUUUGCAUAUCUAUGACGUGAAUAAUUCGUAAGAAAUGGGAGGGAUCCGGAUAACCCAGGAAUAAUUGGAGGCAACUUACAUCGGAAGGAACGCAGGUGUAAUGGAAUUAUAACUACGGCCGCGCGCGACCGUAUAUGAAAAAAGAAAUGUGAUAUUUGUAUCUCGCGCAUUUUAAUGGAGGCUAAUUUUUGCGCAGGCUGAUUUAUUCCGCGAAAGAAAUAGUAACUCAUUCGAGCCGAUCUCGGCACGUAACGGCGAUUCGCGUGACUACAGCGAAUUCAUUUUCUUCGCGCAUGCAAGAUUCCAGAUGAUUUAAAGUCUGCCGGUUUAGCGACUAUAACAAUGUCGGUUAGUGUUAACCCCGAUAAAUUAAACUUUCUUCAAGAUAAGUUGUUAAAUGGAGAUAUGUUCUCAUAAUUAACUGAUUUACAACCGUUGAGAAAAAAAAUCCGCUUCACGAAUAUUUCAUCGAUUAAUCUUGCGAGCUAAAUUUGCUACACGAUUUUUCUGAUUGCUUCAUCCCUUUGGUUCUAAUCGCCCGUGAUUGAUUAUAUUUCUUUUUCGUGUUACGAGUGGCUUGGAUAACAAAAUGGCCGAUGAGACAAAUUAAGCUAAGCAAGAUUUUCAAUCUUAUUAAAUUUUUUAUUCAUUUAUAUUUACGAAAAAGCAAAAAUCUAUCUAUAGAAAAUUUCAACGUAGUUUUCAUCGUUAGAAUAUGUUUACGAGCUAAGACAAGAAUACUUCAAAGAUAAUGUAUCUCAUGUGAAAGAAAGUGAUACAUCCACGAUUGGAUAUCGCUGAAGCGAAAGAUUCAGAAAAGUGGACAGAACACGAGAUUCUUUUUUAUCCUCUCUGUGACUUCGUUCAAUCGUAGAAGUGGUAAUACCUUAGGGACUUGAAUCCCGUCACGACAGCCGUGAUAAACGAUAUCGACAGAAUUUCGUCCACCGCCAUUUUCGUACAAUAUUAACGAUAUCGGUAAGUGUCUUAAACUAAAAAGAGGCAUCAUACAAAAUGUAACUAUAUCAAGAGAGCGAGCAAGAGAGAGAGAGAAAUCAUUGAGAUAAAAAAAGCUUUUUUAUCUCACUGACUUUGCGUCUUCAGAACCUUUACUUUUGUCUUAGAAAAAGAAAAGGUGGGGUAGCGAGAUUUCAAUUGUUCGAAAUGGGAUCGCGUCUCUUGACCCUAACGAUUAUCAGAGGUGAUAACUUCCAACUAUUUAAAGCACCGGCAGCGAUAUUAUGUCGCGAGCGGAAAAUAUGGAAUACCGCGUAACACGAUGCACCCCCUGGGACGUGCAGCUGAUAGCCGCGGCGGCGUCUCGGCGGAGCGUGGUUGUUCCUCGCGCGGCGCGGCGCGGCGCGACGCGACGGCAGCGGGAUCCUUAUCGGCCCCGUAAAAGCACCGAUAAACAUGCGCCGAGCGAACGGCUGGUGCCCCCCUCCCCCCCGCGAUAGGGCGUAGGGCCGCGCGCAUACUGGCCUAGUCGAAGGCAGGCACCACGUGCUGCCGCUGCCAGACGUAUAAUCGAUAGUGCACUGCGCUCUCUGUGCCACCGGCGGUCAAUCAACCCUCGCGCGUUCGGGGCCGGCCGGAUGUGAUGCGCUUCGAUGCAACGUAAGGUGCGACCUGUCGAAGAAAUCGCGGUCACCGCUCUCGAUCGUCCGCUUGUUCGAAAAUGACGGACGUGUGUCCGUCCAUCCGCACGUCGUCGCAUCGGCUACCCGUAAGGGAAGGAAGAUAAACGGGGUAAAGAGGAGACUCGGAGGGCUCUGUAAGGGCGGAGGAAGUGUGCAAUGGUGAAUGUGGUGGUUGAUAAGUGGCGCGGGACACAAUCAGCGGCACGAGGCAGCGGAUUGGUGAAUCUCACGACUCCCUCGCGGACCAUCAUACUACCCGUGGCGACCGACGAAGAGUGGAUUUCGAGCACCCUGCUGAGGGAUCAUAAGAAGAACGUGACUCCUACGAGAAGAAGGCGUCACGCGAGGGGGUGGACCAAGGAGGCGACGCGGGGGGCAGCAGCGAAAAAUCGGAAGCAAUAAAAGGUCCUCGUGACGGAGGGGCUUCGCACGGCCCUGGCGCGACUGCGGCACUGUACCCCUGCGGGGGGCUCGCUGCCGAACACACCGAAUCCACCGUCCACCCCGGAACACAAGUCCCAAGGGUGUUCGAGCAGGAAUCGCGAGUCGGCAACCAGAUGUGGCAGUUUGGGGAGUGGUGCGUGUGACACGGGGGAUACAUCGCAGUCGCAGCCAUCGCGAGGACAGCAUGGAGCCGACGGCAACGGCGGGCGGGACGGCGAUCUUCUGUCGUCCGCGAUCCGACGGUUUAAUUUUAAAUCGGCCGGCGGCAGCCGUAGCUGCCGCACGGUACCAAAAGUCGUGGUUAUGGGCUCCAGCACGGCGUCCGAGACCACGAUCAACACGAGUACCGACAGCGCCAACACCAUGCUCACCAUGGUAACGACGACAGACGGGGAGCAGCCAGACGACAGUUUCGAUCUAAUCGACGUGCCGGCCGAAAUGUCGCCUCCCGCUACGGCCCCGUCGUCGCAGCAAUCAUCCAUCCAUCCCGCUGGUCAUCGGGGACAUCCCGAGGACAUGAUCGGGGGCAGUCAUACCUCAUCGCCGGCGACGCCGACGUCACCGAUCUCCGUCGCGGCGCCGGCGAAUCAAACUACACCGCCGUUACCACUUCCGUCGUCGCCUACGACCCCGCUAUGCGCCUUCGACGGGACCGAGGUCGCCGGGCCCUCGGGUCGUUGCAUGCGCUCGAGACUCGAUUCGGGUCAGCCUGACGGUAACAAUAAGACGAACACCGGUUCCUCUACCAGUCAGAAACACAACGCAAGUAACGGCACCGAGGGCACGACGACACCCACGCCGAUAGUUUCCGCGCAUCAGGAGAUCAGGUUCACCUUCGGCGGUAGCGGUAGAACCCCACCUCUUCCGGAUCUCAGAGCCACGGAUUUCUUUAGCACUCCCGUGAGGGGUUCGGUGGACGCGGGCCAGCCCGGUUCGGCCGACACGCGCUCCUCGAUUCGAAAUCUGGUGGCUGCCCAGGAAAAGCAGAACGCCAGGAUGGGAUAUCAGAUCGAUUACGCGGCCGGCGGAAAAGCCAACUCGAUUCAGGCGAACGCGCUGGACAAGGGCACGAGCGAGCACAGGCGAAGCCAGAAGAGGCCCAACAUCAAUGUGACAACCAAUCCGCUCGAUAUAUCGCUCAUAGGCACGACUCAGCCAUGCAACACCCAGGGCUGUAACCUUCAGAGUAGCGCGAGUACGAAAUCGCGAAGCGGACGUUCAACGGAAUCUCAUCCACUCGUUUCAGCCAUUCAUUCAUGGGUCAGGCUCUUUUUCCCGUUUUGCGCAAUAGGCGGAAGUGCCGGUGGCGGCAGCAAGCGAUCGACCCAGGCGACGAUCGUAGUGCAACAGCCGUCCUUGUCACUGGACGGUGCGCCGGCGGCGACGAUUCUGCUGCACCCAGACAACGAUGUCAGGCGACGCGAGGAGAACAUGCGGCAGCUGCUAGACGUUGCCAACACCCUCACCCUGCAGGAGAUACACGACUUCGAGAUGAGAUACGGAAGCCCGCACCAUAGCCGAUCACAGUCGGUGAAGGCUCCCGGGAGUCGUUCUUCCGGUCGGCCGAAUUACCUGUGUCUUCCGCAACAGAGAUCGCGAGUGGCGAGUAUGCCUAACACCGGCGUGGAGGAGGAGUACUACAGAUUACGGCAUUUUAGCAUCACGGGCAAGGGAGUGGUAAACCGGGGCGAUUCCCUAAAGAGCCGUAGAUCGCGCUCUAACAACAGCGUGGCGUCCAGCAACUCCAGCCUUUCUUCUAUUCGACGCAGCACGGAACACCUGACUGCCUCGUACCCAGGAUCGGCGAGAAAUUCGGCGGCGGGCUCGUUGGCGAGUUCGAGGGAGAGCAGCGCGUCCCAAGGUCCGGCGCCUUAUCGCGUCCUUAUGCUGGGGGCCCCCGCCGUUGGCAAGAGCUCACUGGUGUCUCAAUUUAUGACUUCCGAGUACCUGCACGCCUAUGACACUUCGAUCGACGACGAGUCUGGCGAAAAGACUGUCAGCGUGCUCUUGGCUGGCGAGGAAUCGGAAUUGACUUUUAUCGAUCACUCUUGUGCCGAAAUGACGCCGGAAAAUUGCAUCUCGACGUACGAGCCGCACGCAUACUGCGUCGUCUACUCUGUGACCGAUCGGCCGUCGGUGCGCGUUGCCGAAGCGGUUCUCCAAUCCUUAUGGCGGAGCGAUCACGUAUCCGCGAGGGCGGUUAUCCUCGUGGGAAACAAGGUCGACCUCGUCCGCAGCCGAAUGGUAUCGACCGAAGAAGGUAAAUCCAUGGCGACGUCCUACGACUGCAAGUUCAUCGAGACGUCCGUCGGAAUUAAUCACAACGUCGACGAAUUGCUGGUCGGCCUGCUCACGCAAAUUCGCCUGAAGCUGGAGAAUCCCGAGAGGACGAGGGAGAUGUUCCGGAAGAGAUCGCGAAAGAACCGCAGCAAGUCGCCGCUGGGUUCGUGCUCGGAGAACAACUCGCCUAAGAAGUAUCGCGGCAGUCGGACCAGCACCAGCCUGAAGGUGCGCAAUUUGCUCGACAAGGUCUGGGCGCGCGACAGCAAGUCGAAGAGCUGCGAGAAUCUGCACGUUCUGUAAAACUCGAGGGAGCCGGGUCGGCACCCUCGAUAUCGUCUCGAUCCAGAAUGAUCUGGAGCAGCGGGCAGACUUCCAUUGAAACGUCUUACGCUUUCGGAGCAGUCUUCAAACACGGGAGGAGGGUCAAUGAGGCGACUCCUCUCGUCGGAGAAGAGGCCAAGUAUCGACCGCACACCGGUAUUCUCAACUUCACGGGAGAAGAGGAGGCACGUGCGUAUCGCUUUGUAAUGAAGUAGCGACCUUUCCGGCCGCGUUUUUCGACGUCGACGUGCGUUUGUUAUAGCUCUCUGCGAUGAACUUUUUAUAUUUCCGACGAGGUACGCAGCGUCCGAUUAAUCAAUGCCAACGUAAAGCAUUUUCAUUUCGCGCUCUCGCAACUUUAAACAUUUCAACAUUAUAUAUUCCGAAGAGUUAGUCUUAGCUUAUUUCCCAUUGGGUAUACACCGUUGUUUUGAUUACCUCCCGAUUAUUUAUGCGCUGCGAAAAUUCGAGAUCAAGCCAGCGUUUCCUUUGCGAUCUAAUCAAGUAUUUUAAAGAGAUUGAUCGUUUAGACCUUUCAUAGCCCCUAUAAAUUCCGGCCGUAAAUGAUAAAAUGUUUUUAAUCCCAAAGUGAGUAUAUACAAUCUUCGUGAUUAUCGUAAAGCGUAAAUAUGGGCCACAGAGGAUUGGCUCAGCGUGUAUCUCGUGAAAAAGCGUAGGCGUCGUUAACGCGAAGAAUACGUUCGCGCCUGAAGAAGUCGUAAAAUAAAAUGCCUGUGAGGUAAAGUGAAACGCGACACCGAGGGCAGCAAUCAGCGUAAAUUACUACAGGCGAACUCGUUAUCGUACAUACAUAACCGUUGGGAGAAAUGGAAUCGCAUCGAUCUUUAUCACCAGCUCCGGCCAUGAGGUUUCGUUGUCGCAGCCUAAAUACGAGCGACGAAAAAGCGCUCCGAAAGAUCGAAGGAUCUGCUUUAAAGGCUAAUAAAUUUAUAAGGGAGCGCUGGUGCGCGCUCCCCCGCACGUUGUAUUGCUCUUGCAGUUUUUCAUAAUAACAGAACAAGCGCGCGCAAUUAUAUUUACACUGAUGUUUUGCAUUUCAAUUUUGUACGAAAAUGGCUUUCUGCCGAAUCGAAGCGGAGAUCGGGCGAUCUUCAGCUGUGCUUCAGCGAGUCGAUGGCUUGUUGACCCUUUCGCGCUCGCCAAUUUUGACUAAAAUCUCGUAUAUACCGGAUUCCGAGAUAGAUAGCAAUACAGACAGAGAGAUAGCUUUCCAUUGUGGUUCCUCUAGUAUUCGUUGGAUCAGUGAUUCUCAAAUUUUUUUCACUGAUAAUACGGUGGCGAAUUUUGCGCGAGAAAUUACGGCGCGUUCAACGUUUAUCGAUUAAUUCGAUGUUAUGUGUUGGAUAAAUAAAAUUUACAUUAAGUAAACUGCGGAAAACGGUAGAGACGAGAGAUAGAGUGGAAAUUUGAGACUUUGGAUGUGAUUUUAAUUCAUUUUUAGAGAAGUAGAGAACCUUUGACUGUCAUAAUUUAUAUAAUUCGUGUUUGCCAUUAGAAUAUGUGUAAAAUUUCUUAGCGCUUUAUUUGUAAGUGUUUAAUUAUGUGGAUUAAAUCUAUUUUGUAGAGUAAAUUAUUAAAAUGGAAAAUAUAAUGUGAUUAUCUUAUUGAUAAUAUGAUUAAUGAUAAUAUGAUUAUCUUAUUCUUAUCAUCUUCGUCGUACAAAAUUAUUUAGAAAUUAUCUACGUUGAAAUAUUAACGAGUUUAUGGCAUAAAACAACAAUUAACGUAAAUUUACGGUGUUAAUAAUCACUACGUUGAAGCAAUAUGGUAUGUAGGAUAGUUAGUAGAAUGUUACGUUCGUAUUUCAAAAUUUCCGCUCUAUUCAACCUUAUUAAAAGCUCAUUAAAAUGAUUUUACUAAUCAUUUUAUUAUUAUUUAUUUUAAUAGCUUUGUAUUUACCAGAAGCAACUUUACUUAAUCCAAGGCUGAAACACCUUCAACUUUUGUUUAUCGGUUAAGCAAUAACUAUUAAAGGAAAAUUGAACAUAUCUCUGAUCGUCAUAUUCAGAUUAAUGGAACUAGAUUGCGUAAAACGAAACGAGCGCGAUCUCUAAGCAGAAUCGCAGAUCCGGAAUGAUUUGUCUCUAAUAAAAGGGUCGCCAUAAAUCGUUAUCACGGUGAUCCGAGGGAUGAGAUCAAAUGCAACGAACAGCGUAAAUCAAUGAUUUAUUAGCUGAGAACCUUUUAGCCUUCCGACAGUCGCGCAUCUGUAUGUACGAAGUGCACGAGUAUCGGUUUAUGAUAAACGGGAGUACCUUGUGUUUAUAUUAAUAAUAAACGAGCAAUUUCCUUCAUUUGAAAAUAUUUACUUUGUAUAAUUGAGCAUUAUACUCCCGUUAGAUAAGAACUUGAAUCAUAUAUCGUCUCCCGCGUUACCCGCGUCACCCGCGAAAAUGCACAACUGUCGGAGAGUUAAACGACGCGACGUAUGCGUCGUCGUGAAAUACGCGAGGUCGUGUGAGAUAAGUGGGUCGGCCACCCCGCGAUUGCCGUACGUUCGCCGAAUUAAAGGGUUCUGAUACCAGGCAGCGAAAUGCAACGUAACACGACGCCGGCAGGCGAAUCGAAUUGGCCCGCCGCAAAAGGUCGACCUCGUGCGACAAGCAAUUAAUUUCCAAACGAUCUCGAUACCGUUCUCGGAACUCGCAGCGCGGAACGUUAACACUGGGGGAAAAAGGAUCGAUCCACGCUGAGUUCGCAUUCGCGAACGAGUGAGGAGGGGAAAAAAAGAAAGAUCUCUGUGGCUGAGAACUUACUAUUAUACACGAAUAAGAGUUCCCUUCCAGUGGAUAUAUAGGAGAAGGUGGAGCGAGACUGGGUGGCAGGGUAUAACGGGAUAUCCCCUGAAUCACGCGAUUCGAACGCAAUAAUCACAAUCGAUAUAUUAUACGCGUCAGAUGUGACCCCUUGGUCGUUGAAAGUUACCCGCACAGAAAAAACUUAGUAUCAAAUCGAUAAUUCAUUACAUCAUAUAAGCAAGAAUAUAACAUCUUCUUGAAAGAAUUUAUAACAGAUAAUUGCUUUCACGAAGAGACAAAUUUUCUUUAUUUAAGCAAAUUAUGUUUGUUUAACAUGAUAAAUUUUUCCAAGAAAAUUUUAUAUUCUUACUUGUAGAUGAAACAAUGAAUCGUUGAUUUAAUUCUAAUUUUUUGUUUGCGCACGAGCCAGCGAAGUGGACAAUUACUUUAUUGAGUUAGACCGUAAUUAUAUAUUUUUGUGAUUUUCUUAUGAUUUUAUCUCACUCUUUCACCUGCGACAUUAUUAUUAAAUUAUAGUAUACUUUUAAAGUAUAUUAUAUCCCAUUUUGCUCACGAGGAUAUCCCGUCUUAUUCCACCCGUGAGAGAAAUACAUUUAAAAAAAUUUUUUUUUAAAUAAAAUUUAUAAUUCUCUAAAAAUUUUAUUUAACGAUAGUUAUAUUGGAAGAUUGAUAUUCAAAGAAUAUUUAAGAAGUAAAGAUAAUUCGUUGAUUAUGAAAAUUUAGCUAGCUUUUCUUCAUCAUCAAACCUUAACUAUCCUAUCUUGCCUUACCUUCCUCUAUAAGUGAGAAUUCGUAUAAGCGACGUUAAACUGAUAUAAUACUGACAGUGUCCAAAAUCCCACACCUUGUUUUAGUCUACGAAUAUUUUCGGGGAAUUUAAAGUUAUUUUUUUCUCUCAAUAUUUUUAUGCUAUAUUUCAAACUCGUAUUACGCGUAACGCGUAAUUUUAGCUUUUUUCCUUGCAGCGAGUGCGUCUCGGUAAACAAGAUUCAAACUGAAAUUUAAUAUAAUCUCAUUUUAAAUUCAUUAACCAGGAAUUAGAUUCCGCGACUGCUGCUACGGCUGUUAUAGGCGUGAUAAAAAAAGAUUUUAUAUCAUAUUGCAAUAAUGCUAAUGCUCCGGCGUGAAUAAAACGGAAUACCGUUCCCUUUUUUAUCUCGACGCCGUAUCCAUAUUUGCGGGCGAAUAUAUACGCAACGCGUAUACGCGGGAUGCGCGAGAGACACUCUGCAAGAUAACGUAGUUAUUAGGUCUUUCCGCAUUCCGCGUAAAUCCUCUGGCGUCGCGCCUGCCUGUCGUUGCCCACUUUAAUUAGCUAAAUUACACGGAGAUACGCUAAGGUGCGCCCACAGAGAAUCGAGCUGUAUGCGCCGCAUAUAUAGUUGCGACAUAUCCGCGCGUUGGAAUUUUUUUCGCAACUGUAAUUUUCAUUCCGCAACAUUUGACAAUCUCGCGGCUAAACACUGCUGUGUCAUACUAUUCGUGCAUUCGUACCUUAUAAUAAAUUUACAUUAAAUCCGAUCUC